GCCGGAGCCUGCGCCACGAGGCCGGAGUCGCCGCCGCCCGCAGCCGCCGCCAGCCUUCAUCAUGCCGUGGCCGUUCUCAGAGUCCAUCAAGAAGAGGGCCUGCCGGUACCUCCUGCAGCGGUACCUGGGCCACUUCCUGCAGGAGAAGCUGAGCCUGGAGCAGCUCAGCCUGGACCUGUACCAGGGCACCGGCUCCCUCGCCCAGGUCCCCUUGGACAAAUGGUGCCUCAAUGAGAUCCUGGAGUCAGCAGAUGCGCCUUUAGAAGUCACUGAAGGAUUCAUACAGUCAAUUUCUCUGUCAGUUCCAUGGGGCUCCUUGCUACAGGAUAAUUGUGCACUGGAAGUGAAAGGGCUAGAAAUGGUCUUCCGACCUAGACCUCGCCUAGCAACUGGAUCUGAGCCUAUGUAUUGGUCAAGUUUCAUGACCAGCAGUAUGCAGUUGGCGAAGGAAUGUCUUAGCCAGAAACUAACAGAUGAACAAGGAGAAGGAUCCCAGCCUUUUGAAGGACUUGAAAAGUUUGCUGAAACCAUUGAAACAGUACUAAGAAGAGUAAAAGUCACUUUUAUAGACACCGUCUUGAGAAUUGAACAUGUGCCAGAAAACUCCAAAACUGGAACUGCACUUGAAAUUCGAAUAGAAAGAACUGUAUACUGUGAUGAAACUGCAGACGAGUCCUCAGGAAUUAACGUCCAUCAGCCUACAGCUUUUGCUCACAAGUUACUCCAGCUCUCUGGAGUGUCUCUCUUCUGGGAUGAGUUUUCUGCAUCAGCAAAAUCUUCCCCAGUGUGUUCAACUGCACCAGUGGAAACUGAGCCAAAGCUGUCACCUAGCUGGAAUCCUAAAAUCGUUUAUGAGCCACACCCACAGCUAACUAGAACUUUACCAGAGGUAGCACCCUCUGACCCAGUGCAGAUUGGAGGGCUAAUUGGUAGGUUGGAGUUGAGUCUCACGCUGAAACAAAACGAAGUGCUUCCUGGAGCUAAGUUGGAUAUUGAUGGACAGAUAGACUCUAUUCAUCUAUUCCUGUCUCCAAGACAGGUACACUUGCUUUUGGAUAUGUUAGCAGCUAUUGCUGGACCAGAAAAUUCUAGCAAAUUAGGUUUAGCUAAUAAAGAUAGGAAGAAUCGACCCAUGCAGCAGGAAGAAGAAUAUCGCAUUCAGAUGGAAUUAAACCGCUAUUAUUUGAGAAAAGAUUCCCUUUCUGUGGGUGUAUCUUCAGAGCAAAGCUUUUAUGAGUCAGAAACGGCUCGUACACCUUCUAGCCGUGAAGAAGAAGUUUUCUUCUCCAUGGCUGAUAUGGACAUGUCCCAUAGUCUCUCUUCUCUUCCACCUCUUGGGGACCCCCCAAAUAUGGACCUUGAGUUAUCAUUAACUAGCACAUAUACAAAUACCCCAGCUGGAUCUCCCUUAAGUGCUACUGUGCUUCAGCCAACCUGGGGAGAUUUCCUUGAUCAUCAUAAAGAACAGCCAGUAAGAGGGUCAACACUGCCAUCCAACCUAGUUCACCCAUCGUCUCUACAGAAGACUUCUCUCCCCUCUAGAUCUGUCUCAAUGGAUGAAUCCAGGCCGGAGCUCAUUUUUCGACUAGCUGUGGGAACUUUGUCUGUCUCUGUGCUUCACAUUGAUCCAUUGUCUCCACCUGAAACAUCAUUGAACCUUAAUCCAUUGACACCUCUGGCGAUAGCUUUCUUUUCUUGUAUAGAAAAGAUAGAUCCAGCGAGAUUUUCAACAGAUGAUUUUAAAUCUUUCAGAACAGUAUUUGCAGAAGCUUGCUCACAUGAUCACCUUAGAUUCAUAGGCACUGGCAUCAAAGUAUCCUAUGAACAAAGACAAAGAUCAGCUUCCAGGUAUUUUAGUACUGAUAUGUCUAUUGGUCAAAUGGAACUUUUGGAGUGCCUGUUUCCAACUGAUUUUCAUUCUGUUUCUCCUCACUAUACAGAGCUUUUAAUGUUCCAUUCCAAAGAACGAACUGAUUCCCACCCCCCUGUGUGUCUUCAGCUUCAUUAUAAGCAUUCUGAGAAUAAAGGGCCCCAGGGUAAUCAAGCAAGACUUAGUUCUGUUCCUCAGAAGGCAGAAUUACAAAUUAAAUUAAAUCCCGUAUUUUGUGAGCUGGAUAUCAGUAUUGUGGACAGAUUAAAUUCCUUGCUUCAACCACAGAAACUUACUACAGUAGAGAUGAUGGCAUCUCACAUGUAUACUUCAUAUAAUAAGCAUAUUAGUCUGCACAAGGCUUUCACUGAAGUGUUUCUAGAUGACUCACAUAAUCCUGCUAAUUGUCGAAUAUCGGUACAAGUUGCCACACCAGCAUUAAACCUUUCUGUUCGUUUCCCAAUACCCGAUCUUCGAUCAGAUCAGGAAAGAGGACCGUGGUUUAAGAAGUCACUUCAGAAGGAGAUUCUUCAUUUAGCAUUCACAGAUCUAGAAUUUAAGACUGAAUUCAUAGGAGGAUCAACCCCAGAACAAAUUAAAUUGGAACUUACCUUUAGAGAACUAACUGGGUCAUUCCAGGAAGAUAAAGGAGAGCCAUCUGUUAAGUUUCUCCACGUGUCUGGUGGAGUAGAUGGAGAUACAACAUCGUCAGAUGACUUUGACUGGCCACGAAUUGUAUUGAAAAUAAAUCCACCAGCCAUGCAUUCCAUUUUGGAGAGAAUAGCAGCGGAGGAAGAAGAGGAGAGUGAUGGCCACUAUCAGGAAGAAGAAGAAGGCGGUGCUCACUCCCUGAAAGACGUGUGUGAUCUGAGAAGACCCGCCCCCUCUCCCUUUUCUUCUCGUAGAGUAAUGUUUGAGAACGAACAGAUGGUGAUGCCAGGAGACCCUGUAGAAAUGACAGAAUUUCAGGAUAAAGCAAUCAGCAAUUCUCACUAUGUCCUGGAACUUUCGUUACCCAAUGUUCACAUGACACUACCUAAUAGAAGCUUUUAUGAGAAGCUUUAUAAUAGGAUCUUCAAUGACUUGCUGCUGUGGGAACCAACAGCUCCUUCACCAGUGGAGACUUUUGAAAAUAUUUCGUAUGGUAUUGGGCUGUCAGUAGCCAGUCAACUGAUCAAUACCUUCAACAAGGACAGUUUUAGUCCUUUUAAAUCUACAGUUCACUAUGAUGAGGAAAGUGGAUCAGAGGAGGAGACUUUGCAGUAUUUUUCUACUCUUGAUCCCAACUAUCGUUCCCGUAGGAAAAAAAAACUCGACUCUCAGAAUAAGAACUCGCAGAGUUUUCUCUCCGUUCUUCUGAGUAUUAAUCACGGAUUAAUGUCAGUGUAUACAGACGUAAAGCAAGAGAAUGGAGAUCUUUUGGAAAACAAGCAUGGUGAAUUCUGGGUAGAGUUCAGUAGUGGCACGUUAUUUUGUGUGACAAAAUAUGAAGGUUUCGAUGACAAGCACUACAUCUGCCUUCAUUCCAGCACCUUCAGUCUGUACCACAAAGGCAUAGUGGAUGGAGUGAUUCUUCCUACAGAAGUACGGCUGCCCAGUGCCACACACCCACACUGGUUGGAACCUACCAUUUAUUGCUCUGAAGAAAAUGGCCUCAGUAGAGCUUCUUCAGAGGGUGUUGGAGGAGACACGUUGAAUAUGCUCUCUGCUGCUGUUAAAAUACUGUCUGAUAAAUCAGAGUCCAAUACAAAGGAAUUUCUCAUUGCUGUGGGGCUGAAAGGAGCCACUCUCCAGCACAGAGUACUCCCUUCCGGGCUGAGCUGGCACGAGCAGAUUUUAUACUUCCUGAACAUUGCUGAUGAACCUGUUCUGGGAUAUAAUCCUCCAACUUCGCUUACAACUUUUCAUGUUCAUCUCUGGAGCUGUGCACUUGAUUAUAGGCCUCUUUACUUGCCAAUCCGAUCUCUUCUUACUGUUGAGACAUUCAGCAUUUCAAGUAGUGUUGCCUUGGAUAAAUCGUCUUCUACGCUCAGAAUAAUCUUGGAUGAAGCUGCUUUACAUCUGUCUGACAAGUGUAACACUGUCACUGUAAAUCUGAAUAGAGAUUAUGUUCGUGUGAUGGAUAUGGGGCUUUUAGAAUUAACCAUAACUGCAGUGAAGUCUGAUUCUGAUGGAGAGAAAACUGACUCACGCUUUGAGUUACACUGUUCCAGCGACGUUGUGCACAUCAGAACGUGCUCAGACUCCUGUGCUGCUUUAAUGAAUCUCAUUCAGUACAUUGCAAGCUAUGGCGACUUACAUGCAGCCAACAAGACGGAGGUGAAGGCAGGAGCCCCUCAGAGAAAGACCACGGUACAAUUUCGGUGUCGGUCGUCCUCACGAGGCCCAGUACUUCCUGAAGCAGAUCAACAGAUUUUACGAGAUUUGAUGAGCGAUGCCAUGGAGGAGAUUGAAGUGCACCAGGCCAGUUCCUCCGUGAAACCACAGUCUAACGGUGUUUUGGAUGAAAAAUGUCACAUUCAGGAGCCAUGUUGUUCAGACCUCUUCCUGUUUCCAGAUGAGAGUGGGAAUGUGUCCCAGGAGCCCGGCCCCACUUAUGCCUCCUUCACCCCCCACUUGAUUAGUGACGCAGUGCCAGGGGUGUCCACUGAAAACGAUGACUUUUGCAUUCUCUUUGCACCAAGGGCAACCGUUCAGGAGAAGGAAGAAGAGCCAGUUGUAAAAAUAAUGGCUGAAGAUGCAAUUGUGAUAAGAGAUAAUUACUUCAGUCUGCCCGUUAAGAAGACAGAUGCGAGCAGAGCCCCCUUGCACUUCCCCGUUCCCGUCGUCCGGUAUGUUGUUAAAGAAGUCUCUCUUGUUUGGCAUCUUUAUGGAGGAAAGGAUUUUGGAACAGCCCCUCCUACUUCUCCAGCUAAAAGUUACAUUAGUCCCCACAGUUCACCUUCUCACACGCCCACAAGACAUGGGCGUAAUAUGGUAUGUGGGGGCAAAGGAAGAAACCAUGACUUUUUAAUGGAAAUACAGUUAAGCAAGGUGAAGUUUCAGCAUGAGGUCUACCCACCGUGCAAGCCGGAGUGCGACCCCAGCCUCUUAGAGCACCCAGUUUCCCGGCAGGUGUUCCUCGUGCAGGACCUUGAGAUUCGAGACCGGCUGGCCACGUCACAGAUGAACAAGUUCUUGUACCUGUAUUGCAGCAAGGAAAUGCCUCGCAAAGCUCAUUCCAACAUGUUGACCGUGAAAGCAUUACACGUGCGCCCAGAGUCGGGCAGGUCACCUCAGGAGUGCUGCUUACGAGUGUCACUGAUGCCACUUCGCCUCAAUAUCGACCAGGAUGCCUUGUUCUUCCUGAAGGAUUUCUUCACAAGUCUUUCUACAGAAGUAGAGCUUCUAAUGGCUCCAGAUCCAGAAGUGAAGAAGUCUCCCGGCGCUGACGUCACCUGCAGUGUGCCAAGGCACCUGAGUACCUUGAAGGAGCCAAGUCUAGUGCUUUCUUUCUCUGGGCCAAAGCCACCUUCCCCAAACGACAGUGCCAAUUCAGCGGAAGUGGCGAACGGGGAGGAAGAGAAGGACUUCGCGGCUGAAGAAGCCUCGUUUAGUGACCAGCCUGUGUUUUUUAGAGAAUUCAGAUUCACAUCAGAAGUUCCUAUUCGGCUUGAUUAUCAUGGCAAACACGUAUCAAUGGAUCAGGGCACACUAGCUGGGAUCUUGAUUGGUCUGGCCCAGUUGAACUGCUCUGAACUGAAGCUGAAGAGGCUCUUCUAUCGGCAGGGUGAGCCUUUGCUAGGUGUUGACAAAUUAUUCUCCUAUGCAAUCACUGAAUGGCUUACUGACAUUAAGAAGAACCAGCUACCAGGAAUCCUGGGAGGUGUUGGGCCUAUGCACUCACUAGUACAAUUAGUGCAAGGCCUGAAGGACUUGGUCUGGUUGCCAAUAGAGCAGUACCGGAAGGAUGGCCGCAUCGUCAGAGGGUUUCAGAGGGGCGCUGCCUCCUUUGGCACCUCGACAGCCAUGGCUGCCCUGGAACUCACCAACAGGAUGGUUCAAACCAUACAGGUACCUUUCCAUAGGCUGCCUGAACCUAUGCAGAAGGACGAGCUGUUACAGAACCGUUCCUCCAUUUUGUUUUAUGAUGAUAUUGUGAAAAUGUUGAGAAAAGCUAUUUUAUUCGUAGUAUCAUGCUUUUUUUAUUACACGGCUCACACCAUUUAUGAGACCGCAGCUCGAGAGCACGUGAGCCGGGGGGUCACCGGGGCGGUGGGCGAAGUCCUGCGCCAGAUCCCUCCAGCUGUGGUGAAGCCGCUGAUCGUUGCCACAGAGGCAACAUCGAACGUGCUAGGAGGCAUGAGAAACCAAAUUAGACCAGAUGUUCGGCAAGACGAGUCCCAGAAGUGGCGCCACGGGGAAGACUGACACUACAGACACGGUUUUUCCACAACGCUGAGGGCGGGACUAAGGAGCAGAGUGUCCCCUGGGCCAUUGGAGAGGGAACUCAUUUCAUUUUAUUGUGCUCAUCUCAGGAACAAAAGCAUUUCUUAAAUAAUUUUAAUAUCACAAAAACAUGCAACCAAAACUUCUGUCAUUUCAGGUCUAGUUUGGUACUUGCCUGUAGACAUGUAUGGUGGCUGGGGUCAAAGGUCUCUAAAGCAAUUGCUGCCAAGUGAGUGGAAUGCUUGCUCUUGUCACCCCGACUCUGCUUCUGCUGGUUCCCGGCGCGCUGUCCUGGGAAAGCUCUCGCAGUAGAGAGCUCAGAGUACUCGCGCCCCGAGAGAGCACAGCUUAGGGCGCGCUGAGGUUUAGAAAGAAUCCCAGCUUCCAAACCCUCAGCAAGAGAGAGAGAGAGAGAGAGAGAGAGAGAGAGAGAGAGAGAGAGAGCGAGAGCCAGCCACAGGCAAAGCAAGCGAACAGGGUUGUCCAUAUGCUUAUGAGGCAUAAAUCACCCAGCCUGUGGGUUGUGUGUUCACGCCCUGAGAACACAUUGUUGCCACGUACUCAGAAAGUCCCCCGUGGGAGCCGAGCACGGGGAUGUCCAGACGUGUCCUGUUGUGUUGCACUUUAUCCCGUGUGUGUAUGUGUGUGUUUAGAUGAAUACGAGUCAUGUGCUGUCUUCUUUAUGUAAUUUACAAAGUCAUACAAAACACAAAAAGUCAGUCUGAAAGUUUUUGGCAAAAGAAGGUAAUUCUAGUAUAAUAAUCUCCACUUAUUUGAAGUGUAAAUGAAAAUGUGCAUUCUGUGAUGAGCUGGGGCCCGCAUAAGUGUUCAUACGUUCAGUUUUAGCAGGUAUAGUGCAAGCUUGUUGGGAAUGUAUGGAAAGGGAGGUUGGAAGUGGCUUUUAUGCUUUUCAUAUUAACCAAACGUCCUCUAAGUAUGCCCUGCUCAGUGAUUUGGAAGUACCGUUUUUACUUGGUGAACAGUGUACAUUUUGAUAACCUGUCAGGAAUGAAUAAAGUAUUUUUAUUUAAAGGUGAAA